AGUUGGUGAGAAGUCUCGGAGCUCAGACUUGGAUUAUCUUCCCUCAAACCCCGGGAACUGUCUCUGCUUCUCCUGCAGGAUCACAGCCGAUUUUUUCUAUAGGCUUUAUUGGCGUUUUCAACAUUUUUUUCACUUAUUUUCCCUUUUUUCGACGUGUGUCACGUUUUUCAACGUUUUGGGCAUUUUUUCUGACAUUUCUGUCGCUUCUUUCAACGUCUUUGGACCCUUUGUUGCCAUUAUUAUCUUGCCCAGCAUUGCCUCCCUCCCCUGCCUGUAUGCCCCGGGCCGGCCCUGUGCAGGACUCUCUCCGUCCGAUGGAUAACUCGUGCUACCUGUGCGCGCUGUUUCUGCUCGCGCUCUCUCUGGAGGGCAUCAUGUGCCAACACUACUAUCUCCUCCGGCCCAUUCCCAGCGACACUCUGCCCGUUGUGGACCUACGGGAGGACCCGGACCCGGCGCUGGACCCCCGGGAGAAAGACCUGAACGACACGGAGCUCCGGAGCGCGCUGGGCAGCCACUUCGACCCGCUGUGCAUGUCGCUGUCCGCGCCGCCGCCGGAGGACAGGCACGCGCCCGGUGGGAGUGAGGAUGUAACCGAGGCGGAGCUGCGAUACAGGCUGUCUGGAGCCAUGCCCAAAGACAUCAGGGCCAUGGAGUUCGAGGUCCAGCACGGUCGGAAGCAGAAGCCGAGUAAGAAGCUGCGCCGGCGGCUGCAGCUGUGGCUGUGGUCGUACACCGGCUGCCCGGUAGUGUCCGCGUGGAGCGACCUGGGCACCCGCUUCUGGCCGCGCUACCUGAAGGUGGGCAGCUGCUACAAUAAGCGCUCCUGUUCCGUCCCUGAAGGGAUGUUCUGCAAACCUGCCAAAUCCACUCAUUUAACGAUCCUGCGAUGGCGCUGCCUGCAGAGGAAGGGGGGGCUGAAAUGCGCCUGGAUACCCGUUCAGUACCCCGUUAUAUCCGAGUGCAAAUGCUCGUGCCACAACUGAAAAUCCAAACUUUAUUUUUUAAUGAUUGUUUUCAGACAUUUUACGAGCCGUUUCAACUCUGAUGAGUCAGACAAAAACAGGUUUUCUUGCAGCAGAGUGAAGAAAUGUGUCUUUCUUCCAAACAUUUCAACAUUUUUAUGUGACUGCAAACGCUCGUGCCUUCAACUGAAAACGACUCUGCAACCAAAAUCAGAUUUUUCUGAUUAUUUUCAGACACAAGCAGAGAUCUUUACGAGCUGUUUAAACUCCAAACAGACUAAAACUGGUUUUCUUGCAGAAGAGUGAAGAAAUGUGUCUUUAUUUCAAACAUUUCAACAUUUUGUGUGAGUGCAAACGCUCGGGCCGCAAUUACAAGAGCGACUAAAUCAAACUUUUUGGAGUACUUUCAGACACAAGUAGUGAUCUUUACGAACCUUUUAUAUCUGAGUGCAAAUGCUCACUGAAAAAAACCCUAAAAAACUGUGAUCUUUAGGAGCAUUUAUGGAAGAGGAUUGGGGCCAUAUGUAAAAAAAAAAAUGUACUUUAGUUCUGAGUUUAAAGUCACAAUCCUGACUUUCUUGCUUAGAAUUAUGACUUUUUUGAGUUGUUGUAUUUUCAAGUUUAACAAAAAGUCUGAAUUCUCAGAACUCAAAUACAUGUUUCACACGCAGCUCUGAUCAUCUUCCGUAGAUUUUUAACCUCUGAGGACUCAGACAAGAACUUGUUUUCUUGCAGCAGAGUGAAGAAAUGUGUCUUUGUGUCAAACCUUUCAACGUUUUAAGCGACUGCAAACGCUCGUGUCCCUACUGGAAACCAGACUCUGCAACUAAAUCAGACUUUUGGGAUUGUUUUCAGACACAAGCAGAGAUCCUCAGGAGCAUUUUACGGAAGAUGAUUAGUGCCACAUGUGGAACGUGUGUUUGAGUUCUGAGUUUAAAGUCACAAUUCUGAGUUUUUUUUUUUUUUUUUAAGUUAAACAAAAGUCAGAAUUGUGACUUUAAACUCAAAUUCAUUUUUUACAAUUCAAUGUUAUCAUCAAACAGCAAACACAUUAAAAGAAAACACGAAUAGAAAUAAUAAUACACAAGAUAAUCAACAAACACAUCAAGACAUACAAGUGCAACCAUACAAAAUUCACGCACGCGCGCGCACGCACGCACACACACACACACAC